GAAGAAGAAGGAGGAAAAAGCAAGAUGGCGUUUGGGGGAGAAGGCCUAAACGUGGGCGUUAUGGUUCUGUAUUUUUAAUCAGUGCAUACAUGUGCACAUAUAUGUCGUUUAAUAGAGUAAACAUCGUCAAUAAUUGUUUGUAUCCGGAUACAUUAGUCUGAGCGCAUUUUGACGCGUCUUCGCUUGUUAGCUAGCUUAGCCUGUUAGCUGCUAACACAGACGCGACACAUUCGUACAACUACGCGCGGAUUAAGAACACAAAAUGAGUGAUCAAAACACAUCGCUAAGCAGAGAUCAAGUGUGAGUGUAAAGUGUUGUGAUUGUGUGAAAAUGUGCGAAAGAACGAUAGCAGAGUACGAGGAGGAACUUUGUCCAACAAAAGAGGAGAAGGAGCGACAACAUCAAAAACAUCAAGUUGUGUUACACAGAACAGACGUCUGCGAAGAACCUCUUCUCCCUGAGGAACCGGAGUGGUGCUUCGGGAUGGUGAAGGAGGAGCCACAGCCCCCCCACAUUAAGGAGGAAGACGAGGCGUUACAUACCCUGCACAUUAAGAAGGAAGAGGAGCACCCGUUUGCCCCCAAUUUUAAAGAGGAAGAGGAGUGCCCACUGACCCCUCACAUUAAAGAGGAAGAGGAGGAGCACAGCAUCAGUCAGGAGGGAGAGCAUCUUGAAGGACUGGAGGAGUUCCCAGUGAUUAGUGUGAUUGUGAAGAGUGAAGAUGAUGAGGUCAAAUGGUUGGAGGAGUUCCCAGUGAUUAGUGUGAUUGUGAAGAGUGAAGAUGAUGAGGUCAUCAGUGAGAGUGAGGAGAAGAGAGAGGCGGAGCCUCCAAGCAGCAGCUCAACUCAACACAUGACAACAGAAGCUGAUGGAGACCACUGUGGAGGAUCACAAGCAGACAAGCUCUUAGCUCCACUAUCAGAUAGUGAGGACACAACGUCACACUCUCCUGACACUGAUGAUGAAGACUCUAAAGAUGAUAAGACAUGUCACACUGACAACACACACUUCACAUGUUCUCACUGCGACAAAACUUUUAAAUACCGUCGUAAUCUGACAAGACACAUGAUAGUACACACUGGAGAAAAACCUUUUACCUGCUCAGUCUGCGGUAAAGAUUUUACUCAAAGGCAACAUUUGAAAACACACAUGAGUAUACACACUGGAGAAAAACCCUUUAUCUGCACAGAAUGCGGUAAAGGUUUUGCAAACAAGAGUGUGCUGAAAGGACACGCGAGAAGUCACACCGGAGAAAAACCUUUUUCCUGCUCGGAAUGUGGUAAAGGUUUUGCAAAUAAAUGUUUUCUGGAAUCACACAUGAGAACACACACUGGGGAAAAAACUUUCAUGUGUUUAAUUUGCAGUAGAAGAUUCGCCCAGAAGGCACAUUUGAUAAUACACAAAAGAAUACACACCGGUGAAAAACCUUUUGUCUGUUCAGUCUGUGGUAAAGGUUUUACAUAUAGUUACUGUUUGACCAGACACAUGAGAAGACACACAGGAGAGAAAGUGUUGAGUUGCAGUGUGUGUGGGGAAAGAUUCUCCUAUAAGUACCAGUGUAAGAAACACAAGUGUGCUGGUGAGACCAGCAGCAGCAAAUGAAGAUGCAGGAUUUGAAAUAAACUGUCAAAACUUUAACUUUGACUUUCUGACAACAUCAGCACAUAUAACAUGUGUGACAUCAUUGUUGUGUGUGUAACACAAUCUUGUUAUUAUGCUUAUUUUUCAGUCAACAUCAUUAUGUACUUUUAUGUAAAAAGGAACAGAACAUUUGACUGAAAUGCAAAACAAAUGUUACAUACAAUAAACAUGUAAUGUGUAUAUAGAUAUGAUAUAGAUGUGUAUGUAUAUAUUAUUAUGGGCUUGCUGCAAUGCAAGCAGCCCAUAUUAUUACUCUUCAUACUUCAAAGUAUUAUAGUUCUUCUAUCUUAUUCUGCCGCGAUCGUUGCGAAACGAACCGGCCAACAAACCCCUAAAUAUGUUGUAUUGUCGGAAAAGUGUCACUCUCGCCGAUUGCGGUAUUUAUAGUUGUGAUCAUUUCGUGUUACCAUGGCGACACGGUUAAGGAAUUAAAAAAAAUCGGCCAAUUGAAUCGGUACAUACCUUUCUAAUGGAGGAUUGCUUUAAGUAAAACAAAUAAAAGGCGAGAUUACCUCCUCUUGCCAUUCUUUCACGUACACUACCGUUCGAAAGUUUGGGGUCACCCAAACAAUUUUGUGGAAUAGCCUUCAUUUCUAAGAACAAGAAUAGACUGUCGAGUUUCAGAUGAAAGUUCUCUUUUCCUGGCCAUUUUGAGCGUUUAAUUGACCCCACAAAUGUGAUGCUCCAGAAACUCAAUCUGCUCAAAGGUCAGUUUUGUAGCUUCUGUAACGAGCUAAACUGUUUUCAGAUGUGUGAACAUGAUUGCACAAGGGUUUUGUAAUCAUCAAUUAGCCUUCUGAGCCAAUGAGCAAACACAUUGUACCAUUAGAACACUGGAGUGAUAGUUGCUGGAAAUGGGCCUCUAUACACCUAUGUAGAUAUUGCACCAAAAACCAGACAUUUGCAGCUAGAAUAGUCAUUUACCACAUUAGCAAUGUAUAGAGUGUAUUUCUUUAUAAAGUUAAGACUAGUUUAAAGUUAUCUUCAUUGAAAAUAAGGACAUUUCAAUGUGACCCCUAACUUUUGAACGGUAGUGUAGCUCGGUGCUUAAGGUCUCAUUUUGUUCACACACUUGUCUACUUCAACCCUGGCUAAAAAGUUUUUACGUCCGAUGUUAGGUUUUGACUGGAUGGUCAUCGGAAAGUGGCGAGCGCCAUCAGUGUUCCCCCAUUAAAGAGGAUGGCGUACACUCUAAUUUGCUAGAGUGUAGAAGCCCCGAAAAUACUCUUUUUUUGUGUGUGAACAACCUGUCCUCACGGCCACAUCUUUUAUACCACUGUCAUGUGUUUCGGUGAAAAUGUUGACACACAUGUCCUCUCUCACAAAAUGUGUCCCAUUUCACUUCUGCCGGCCCUCAAAGCCAAGAAAGUCAGCUAAAUUUCUCAUUGACUCCAAUGUUAAAUGUUGGCUCUUAUAACUCCAGAACACAAAAACUCACAUUUUCUAAUUUGCUCAAACUCUGCCAUUUCUCCACUUAUUGGAAAUCUAAGAACACCGGAACGUUCCCCAAAGCCUUGAGGCGCUCACGGUGGUAUCAGACUUUGCGCCAUCUUGAAAGUAUGCCGGCUUCCAGUGACCCCCAGCCACAGGUCCAGGGCACAGAUAGCAGGCCCAUCAAACUUUCUGCGGGAAUUGUCUAGUUCACUUUUAUACUUAUUCCUAAUAGUGUUUUUAUACAGUUUUGUUAUUUUUAAAUAAUUAAAUUUUACAUGAUUCCAUAGAUGAACUCCUUCAUAUGAUAUACUGUACAUAUUUGUUUUACAUGUGUUCAUACCUUUGCUUUUGAGUACACAUAAAUCCCUCUUAGUUCAUAUUUACUGGUUCACAUCUGAAACAUCUUCUGGACCACUUCUGGAAGCAUAUUAUUAUUGACUUUAUACAUCAUUUGAGCAGUUGUGUUUUAUACAAGAUCAUUUACUUUCAAAAUGUGUGACUUUAUGAAUCAUUUAUUGGGUCUCUGUAAUCCAUUCUAUUAAUGAUAUUUAUUACUCUCUUUUGUAAUAUAAAUAUUGUUGUGUGAUUGAUGUAUAUGUAUGUCCC